AGCCGGGGCUACAAAUGCCCCCCUCUGAUGGAUAGGAGCUGCAGCCAAACUUUUUCAGGGGGGUAGAAGGAGGGCCCCGAAUCUCCCCCAGGGAGGGAGGAGUUUGUCCCCAAACCAGUUCCAGUUUCAACAAGUGCAUCCGUCCAGAGAAGGAGAAAGACGGUUAUUUAAAGAAUUGCUAGAUUUACGACGAGUUUUGUACAUUUUUUUAGGUCCAGCGAUUUUGCAUCGACAAAUUUCCUGGGACAAAUAAAAGAUGGGGAGAGGGGAAGGACGGGAGUAUUCGCCAGCAGCGACAAAUGCGGACAAUGGAGGGGGCAAGAGGAAGCAGAAAGAUAAAGAAAUGGAUGAGCUGAAGAAGGAAGUGACUAUGGAUGACCACAAAUUUACCCUGGAAGAAGUUGCCCGGAAAUAUGGCACAGAUUUGGUGAAGGGUUUGACAAACGCACGCGCAGCCGAGAUACUGGCUCAAGAUGGUCCCAACGCGCUGACGCCACCACCGACUACACCGGAGUGGGUGAAGUUCUGCCGUCAACUAUUUGGUGGCUUCUCCAUCCUGCUUUGGAUUGGAGCCAUUCUCUGUUUCCUGGCAUAUGGCAUUCAAAUAGUCAUGGAGGACGAGCCAAUAAACGACAAUCUGUAUCUGGGAGUGGUGUUGGCGGCUGUUGUCAUCGUCACUGGAUGUUUCUCUUAUUACCAAGAAGCCAAAAGCUCCAAAAUCAUGGACUCCUUCAAGAACAUGGUGCCUCAGCAAGCUCUAGUGAUCCGCGAGGAAGAAAAGAUUCAAAUCAAUGCUGAGCACGUAGUGGUGGGAGACUUGGUGGAGAUCAAGGGAGGAGACCGUAUACCUGCGGACAUCCGAAUCAUCUCGUCACAUGGCUGCAAGGUGGACAACUCUUCUUUGACUGGAGAAUCAGAACCACAAACACGAUCACCAGAAUUCACCCAUGAGAACCCACUGGAGACCAGGAACAUCUCCUUCUUCUCCACCAACUGUGUGGAAGGUACAGCCAAGGGUAUUGUCAUUGCAACAGGAGAUCGUACUGUGAUGGGUAGGAUUGCCACCCUGGCUUCGGGCCUUGAGAUGGGACGCACCCCAAUUGCCAUGGAGAUAGAGCACUUUAUCCACAUUAUCACUGGAGUGGCUGUCUUUCUUGGAGUGUCCUUCUUUGUACUUUCCCUUAUCCUUGGCUACUCAUGGCUGGAAGCGGUCAUCUUCCUUAUUGGAAUCAUCGUGGCCAAUGUCCCAGAGGGUCUUCUGGCCACCGUUACUGUGUGCUUGACGCUGACUGCGAAGAGAAUGGCCCGCAAGAACUGCCUGGUUAAAAACCUAGAAGCAGUGGAGACACUCGGAUCAACCUCUACCAUCUGCUCCGAUAAGACCGGGACACUGACCCAGAACCGAAUGACGGUGGCUCACAUGUGGUUUGACAACCAGAUACACGAAGCCGACACCACAGAAGACCAAUCAGGGACCACCUUUGAUAAGCGGUCCCCGACCUGGACUGCUCUAUCUCGGAUCGCUGGCUUGUGUAACCGUGCCGUGUUCAAAGCAGGCCAAGAAAAAGUGCCCAUCUCAAAGAAAGGCACCGCAGGGGAUGCAUCAGAGUCUGCGUUGCUGAAAUGCAUUGAGUUAUCGUGCGGAUCAGUAAAGAAGAUGAGGGAACGGAGUCCCAAAGUGGCCGAAAUCCCAUUCAACUCUACGAACAAAUACCAACUGUCUAUUCACGAGCGGGAGGAUAGCCCAGAAAGCCACUUGCUGGUGAUGAAAGGCGCCCCGGAGAGGAUCCUGGACAGGUGCUCCUCCAUCAUGGUUCACGGGCAAGAGCAGCCGUUGGAUGAGGAGAUGAGGGACGCCUUCCAGAAUGCUUACUUCGAGCUUGGAGGACUGGGGGAGCGAGUUCUAGGGUUCUGCCAAGGAUACAUGUCCCCUACGGAGUACCCGCGCGGAUUUAAAUUUGACACGGACGAAAUCAACUUUCCCACCAAUAAUCUGUGCUUUGUAGGACUCAUUUCCAUGAUAGAUCCUCCGAGGGCCGCUGUGCCGGACGCUGUCGGCAAAUGCCGCAGUGCAGGAAUCAAGGUGAUUAUGGUCACCGGUGACCACCCAAUUACCGCAAAGGCCAUAGCUAAAGGUGUGGGCAUUAUCUCCGAGGGGAACGAGACCGUGGAAGACAUUGCUGCCCGGCUGAAUAUUCCGGUCAACCAGGUGAAUCCCAGAGAAGCCAAGGCUUGUGUCGUUCAUGGUUCCGACCUUAAGGACAUGACGUCUGAACAGCUGGACGAUAUCCUGAGGAAUCACACCGAAAUUGUCUUUGCCCGAACUUCUCCCCAGCAGAAGCUGAUCAUUGUGGAGGGCUGCCAGAGAAUGGGAGCCAUCGUAGCAGUAACCGGGGAUGGUGUCAAUGACUCCCCAGCUCUGAAGAAGGCAGACAUUGGGGUGGCUAUGGGUAUAGCCGGAUCGGACGUCUCUAAGCAGGCGGCAGACAUGAUCCUGCUGGACGACAACUUUGCCUCAAUCGUGACCGGGGUGGAAGAAGGACGUUUAAUUUUUGACAACCUGAAGAAGUCCAUUGCCUACACGUUGACCAGUAACAUCCCAGAGAUAACACCAUUCCUGUUCUUCAUCAUCGCCAACAUCCCCUUGCCACUGGGCACCGUCACCAUCUUAUGUAUCGAUCUGGGCACGGAUAUGGUACCUGCCAUCUCGCUGGCGUACGAAGCUGCCGAGAGCGACAUUAUGAAAAGGCAACCAAGAAAUCCGAAGACAGACAAGCUGGUGAACGAGCGUCUGAUCAGCAUGGCCUAUGGGCAGAUUGGAAUGAUCCAGGCGCUUGGAGGAUUUUUCACCUACUUUGUGAUCCUGGCAGAAAACGGCUUCUUGCCCUCCCGUCUGCUUGGGAUUCGUUUGGACUGGGAUGAUCGAUCUACCAAUGAUGUGGAAGACAGCUAUGGCCAGGAAUGGACCUACGAGCAGCGCAAGGUGGUGGAGUUCACCUGUCACACCGCUUUCUUCGCCAGCAUUGUGGUCGUGCAGUGGGCAGAUCUGAUCAUCUGUAAAACCAGGCGCAACUCAGUCUUCCAGCAAGGGAUGAAGAAUCGAAUUUUGAUUUUUGGCCUUUUAGAAGAGACAGCUCUGGCGGCAUUCCUCUCAUAUUGCCCUGGAAUGGACGUGGCCCUUAGAAUGUAUCCUCUUAAAGUGACCUGGUGGUUCUGUGCCUUCCCCUACAGUCUGCUAAUCUUCUUGUAUGAUGAAGUGAGGAAGCUGAUCUUACGUCGUGAUCCUGGCGGUUGGGUGGAGAAAGAGUCCUACUACUGAGAAGUCCGCAAAGGAGGAUCCUCAAGUUGCAGUAAUGUUGGUUUUGGGAUCCGACAGGCUUUAUAUUUUUAGGGGAGGUCUGAACAAUACAGAGAUAGAUAACGACCCCUUUAUAAGACAACAACCUAUUAAUAAGACAACCAACCUAUUAAUAAGACACAAAGUCCCAUUGUACGCCGCUGCCUAAUAUGAUGGCGCUAUAUAAGACAAUAACAAUAAAAAGACAGCCUACUCCCCGUAAAGUACCACUCCCAACACCCCCAGAACCCUACAAAGGAUUGUGGGAGAUCUAAUACUUCAACAACCCAAGUGAAUCCAGGAAACUCCAUACACUAUAGAGUCCAUGGCGAGGAAAUAAGAAACAAAAAACUUAUAGCUUGCAACAUUUCCUAAAUUAAGCUAAUUUCAUCCAACACAAACAAAUUGGGUAUCUUAGAGACUACCGAGACGUCAGGGCUGGAGCUCCAUGGAACUACAGUUUUUCCAUAGACGGGAUAUCAGAAUAAUAACACUGGCGUUAAACUGUAAAGCCGUCUACCGAUAUUCUGUGAAUCUCUGGGUUAUUGGAAAUAUCCACAGUAAUAAUUAGAACUUCUACGGGAAAUGCAACGAUUGAUACAAAGUCCCACAUCACACCUAUGUUACCUUAAGCAUGCAAUCCUGUGUAUACUACGGCUAAACACUUUUAAUACAUGUUUUAACCAAAA